AUGAAAUCCAAUCUAAUAGACUCACUGAAAGCUUUCCUGCAAGAAUUGACAGAUUCAGAGUUCAAGAUGCUCCAUGACCUGGCCACAAGAGGCAAGAGUUUGCGAAAAAACUACACGCCAGAUGGGAUCAAAGAGUUUGUGAAUGAGAUCACUGGAUUCCUGGCAAUUUUGAAUGAUUCCAAAAAGCAGAAGUUUUGGAAAAUAGGGAAGAAAGCCGAGGGACAUUUGAUAUCAUUUCAGGAGAAGUAUAAGGGACUUUAUCUGAGCCCCCACCUGGAUACGCUGGAUGAGGCUGGGAGAAAAGCUUUUGAGAAGGUGAUGGAUGAGAUCUUCCCCCAAUCAUCCAACAAGCUCCAAUUUUCUGGUGAGCAGUUCCAUAGAAACAUGUUUGUCUUCCUCUCUGGUUCCAGCCAGGAGCAGGAGGCAAUAGUCUGGAAAGGCCUGGAGCUCUAUGUGAAGACUCAAGAAUAUAAGGUGUUCAAGCUCAAGAUCACUGGUCAGAUUGUGAAGUUUAUAAUCAAUUUGAUCUGA